UAAUAGGAUGCAGUGUGUGUGGCACUCGGCCGACCUCCUGCGCGAAAUCAUGUCCUUCCAGCUCGGCGUGCCGCACGAUACCCAUACGCUCAUGCACGCGCUUCGAUCCCUUGUCUGGGACAACGCCGACGUCCUUGCAACACUGCCGCCUGCGCUGUGGCCAAUUCACGACAUCUUUCCCGACUGGUUCAAGGUCCACGGCGAGCGCGGUCUCAAGCGCUUGCCUCUUAGUGUCUCGCUCGAGCUCUUCUACUACGGCCUCUACUACGGCAACCUCGAUGUCAUCAUGUACUUUUGCGACAAGCUCCCGGUCGACUACGUCGAGUGGCAUCUCGUCGUCAUGUCGGGCAACGUCGUCGCUGUCAAGUUCCUCCUCGAGGCGUACCCGGACGGCUGUUUCUUCCAAACCAUCGAGCGCGCGAUUGAAUUUGGCCAUCUCGGCGUCGUCCGCGCGCUCCGCGCGCACGGCGUGCCGUGGCCAGCGACCGCGUGGAAGGUUGCGAGCCAAUUCGGUCGAGCAGACAUUGCCGCCUACCUCGAUGCCUACAAGUGCCCGUGGCACGAACACUGGCGCGGCGAAGUCGCGGAAGCCGCGGCCGAAGGCGGCCAUGUUGACGUCCUCCGUGUCUUGCAGCGCCACCAUGCGGAUGCGAUCACCGAGACCGCCAUGGACGCCGCGGCGGCAAAUGGCCAUGUCGAUGCUGUAGCCUACUUGCACACGCACGGCCAAGCGGGCUGCACGUCGCUCGCGCUCUCAACGGCGGUCCGCGCCGGCCAUCUCGACGUCGUUGCGUUCCUGGCCGAGCAUUACGAACUCGAUAAGAAGCUCGCGUCGCUCCGGCUUGCGUCGCCGACGAGCGAAAUUGUCGACGACGUCGACGACGCCCAGCUGCGCGAGGAGCACGAGAGCUGGACGUCCGCGUGGCAGUCGUUCCAGGCUAAGAUGCAAACGCUGCUCGCCAGUCCGUCGCGGCCGUCGACGACAACACCCAAAAUGCACUUUCGUGCAAUCCCACGUUUAAUUUAACAUUCUGUUAUCUAAUAUAUUAUAUAUGUAUAUUCUCCCA